AUGGCCAAUUCACAGUAUUUACGGAUUUUCUGGAUAAUCGUGGUCCUGCUCUGCUUCUGCGGUUUCCUCUUCCAGUUCGAGACCCUGCUCCGAAAAUUCUUGGCAUAUAAUGUGAACACAGAGACUACGCUGCAAUUCUCAGAGCGUGUCUUCCCCACCGUAACCAUUUGCCAUUUGAAUCCGUGGAAGAAGACGGGAUCCAAUGGGGCAUCGCUGGCCGAUUUGGAGGAUUUGAUCACGGCAUACGGUAACUCGGCCAAUGGAUAUCCAGCCAAUGCUAAUUAUGAUUUUAGUGAAGGGCUGACAGGCGACCGUCAACAAAUGGCAGUUACCUACACCACAAUGAUGAGCGAGACCAUAAUCAAUGAUCCAAUAGGCGCAACUCACCAAUAUACGUAUGACGAUAUCGUAAUAUCUUGUACUUAUAACGCCGGUACCUGCAAUUCCAGCCAGUUCACCACCUAUUUCGACCCGAACUACGGUACCUGCCAACAAUUCAAUUAUGACGCUGAGGAAACGUCAUCCAGAGCCGGGCCCUUAUAUGGUCUCCGAAUGGUACUACGAACGGAUCAACAGCAAUAUUUACCUUGGACAGAGGCCUCAGGCGUAGUCGUAGUAAUUCAUGGGCAGGCAGACCGUCCGUUCCCGGAUGUAUUUGGGUAUUACGCGCCGCCGGGGACGGCUUCAUCCAUGGGUGUUCGGUUCGUAUCGACGACCCGGUUGCCAAAGCCGUACGGCGACUGCACCACGGAAACGGAAGUGUCUGGCACCUAUUUUAACGGCACUUAUGAUACUGAAGCCUGCCUGCGUGCCUGCCUCCAGGAAAACAUCGUCAAGACUUGCGCGUGCUACGAUCCAGCAUAUGCUUUCUCCGAAUUAGACAUGGCCAGUUGUUACAAGCGGCCCGUGGAUACAGCAUCGGCAGAUUAUACAACCGCCGCCAUCAAUUGUAUCGACACGUUCACAAACCCUGGUAGCGAACCGACCGCGUUCAACUUGAUCACACAAUGCGAUUGCCCGCAGCCAUGCCAGGUCGAAUCGUACAGCGUCACCGUGUCGACAGCCGCCUGGCCCUCAAAUUCGUAUACGCCAUCCGAAUGUAAUGAAGCCACGAACUCGACGCAACCCUGGGUGCAGGCCGGCCAGGAUUGUAUAACUUGGUACAACCAGAACACGCUGCUUAUUGAGAUCUACUACGAGCGGAUGAACUAUCAAGUGCUCAAGGAGAGUCCGGCGUACACGUUCGUAAACCUGAUCUCAGACGUUGGCGGUCAGGUCGGCCUUUUCUUGGGAAUGAGUAUCAUCUCGCUGAUCGAAAUGUUCACCCUGCUCUGCCUGAUCAUCUGCUACUGCACCACCCAUCGACAGCGCAAAACCGAAAUCGAGAAUAUUGAAAAAGAAAUGGCCAGGCAAAAGGAAAACACCCGCAUUAUGCAAGAGCGUCGACGCAGAAAGAAGAUGGAGGCAAUUGGCAUGACCGAAGGAAAUGACAACCCAAUGUAUCAACACGACGCCGACGGCAUUGUACCCCCAGCUGUACAGGAUGCGAAA